CGGCGUCAUAGUGUGGUUAGGCUCGGCUUCUAGAUGUUGAUUCGGUGGGGCCCCCAGUUCAAGAAUUAUUUGAUGGGGAGGACGAGCGACUGUUUCCUUUCUCAACUUUCCUUUUGCAGCGUAGAGAAUCACAUUGCCACAACUGCUUCACGAUGUUAACGAGGAGAAACCUACUUUCGUCCACACGGCGCAUCGCAAAUGCGCAAACCAGUCGAUCGACGGCGAGAGUCUUAGCUCUCCGCCCAACUCUUGCCGACUCAGCUUUAACACCCACCACAACAACACCAAGAUGUAACCCCCCACGACUUGUACCCUCCAUCUCGACAGUGCGACACUAUGCGAACGGCCGACCGCACCCGCCAGGGGGCACGCACCGGAUGGACAUGAGCGGCGGGGAGGAGAAACCGGCACUCGAACAAUACGGAAUCGACCUCACAGCCAAGGCAAAAGAAGGCAAGCUGGACCCAGUCAUCGGGCGGGACGCGGAGAUCCAGCGGACGAUCCAGGUCCUGUCGCGGAGGACCAAGAACAAUCCCGUCCUGAUCGGCCAGGCGGGCACGGGCAAGACGGCGAUCUUGGAGGGUCUGGCGCUGAGGAUAGUCAGGGGCGACGUGCCCGAGUCGAUAAAGAACAAGCGCGUCAUCACGCUGGACCUAGGAAGCCUGAUCGCGGGCGCCAAGUUCCGCGGCGACUUCGAGGAGCGGCUCAAGAAGGUGCUCAGCGAGGUGGAGCAGGCAGAGGGCCAGGUCAUCCUGUUUAUCGAUGAGCUGCACACGCUGCUUGGGCUCGGCAAGGCCGAGGGCUCGAUCGAUGCCUCGAACCUGCUCAAGCCGGCACUUUCUCGUGGCGAGCUCCAGUGCUGUGGUGCGACCACGCUGAACGAGUACCGGCUUAUCGAGAAGGAUGUGGCUCUGGCACGGCGGUUCCAGCCCAUCCUGGUCAAUGAACCCACCGUGGAGGAUACCAUCAGCAUUCUGCGUGGCAUCAAGGACAAGUAUGAGGUCCAUCACGGAGUCCGCAUCACCGACGGGGCCCUGGUUGCCGCGGCUACAUACUCGAACCGUUACAUCACAGACAGAUUCCUCCCCGACAAGGCUAUCGACCUGAUGGACGAGGCUGCAAGUUCAUUGCGGCUGCAGCAAGAGAGCAAGCCAGAAGACAUCAUGCGGCUUGAUCAGAGGAUCAUGACCAUUCAGAUCGAGCUGGAAAGCUUGCGGAAGGAGAAGGACGUCGCGAGUCGGGAGCGCCGGGAGAAGUUGGAGGCCGACUUGCAGGCGUUGCAAGACGAGGUCAAGACGCUCAAUGAGCGAUGGGACAAGGAGCGUGGCGAGAUCGACAAUAUCAAGAAGACACAGGCAGACCUUGACAAGGCAAAGGUCGAGCUCGAGAUGGCCCAGAGAGAGGGCAACUUCGGGCGUGCCUCUGAGCUCAGAUACAGCGUGAUCCCGUCCCUGGAGCAGAAGCUGCCCAAGGAGGGAGAGGAGGGAGAGCAGCCCAAAACGGACGGCACCCUCAUCCACGACAGCGUCACUGCAGAUGACAUCGCACAGGUCGUCGCCCGCAUCACUGGCAUCCCCGUGUCCAAGCUCACGUCAGGGCACAUCGAGAAGCUGGUGCACAUGGAGGACACCCUGCGGCAGUCGGUCAAGGGCCAGGACGAGGCGCUCGAGGCCGUCGCCAACGCCGUGCGCAUGCAGCGCGCCGGGCUCUCGGGCGAGAACAGGCCGCUCGCCAGCUUCUUCUUCCUGGGCCCGACGGGCGUGGGCAAGACGGAGCUGUGCAAGAAGCUUGCGGGGUUCCUCUUCUCGACCGAGUCGGCGGUCGUGCGCUUCGACAUGAGCGAGUUCCAGGAGAAGCACACCAUCUCGCGGCUCAUCGGCGCGCCCUCGGGCUACGUCGGCUACGACGACGCGGGCCAGCUGACCGAGGCGGUGCGGAGGAAGCCCUACGCCGUGCUGCUGUUUGACGAGUUCGAGAAGGCCCACCGCGACAUCUCGGCCCUGCUGCUGCAGGUCCUCGACGAGGGCUACCUCACCGACGCCCAGGGCCACAAGGUGGACUUUAGGAACACCAUCAUCGUGCUGACCUCGAACCUCGGCGCGGACAUCAUCGUGAGCGACGACCACGCCCGCGAGGACGGCUCCGUCUCCCCCAAGGUGAAGAAGGACGUCAUGGACGUCGUCAGCGCAAACUACCCGCCAGAGUUCAUCAACCGCCUCGACGAGUUCAUCUUCUUCAGGAGGCUGUCGCGUGAGGCGCUGCGCGACAUCGUCGACAUCCGCCUGAGGGAGCUGCAGGAGCGCCUCGACGACAAGAGGAUCACGCUCAGCGUCCCCGACGGGGUGCGGACGUGGCUCGCCGACAAGGGCUACGAGCCCAAGUACGGCGCGAGGCCGCUCAACAGGCUCAUCACGCACAAGAUCAGCAACAAGCUGGCGGACAAGAUCAUCAGGGGCCAGAUCAAGAUGGGCCAGACGGCUGUGGUGUCUGUCAAUGAAGACGGGUCUGAUCUGGAGGUCAAUGCUGAGGGCGAGUCAUAGGGUUGGUCUUACGGUAUGACAUUUUCAUCAGUGGCGUUAUGGGGAUAGGGAAAUAUGGCUGGGGAAAAAAAAGUCUACGACAGUGACAGUGGCAUGCAUUGGCGUCCUAUUGUAUAUUCAUGUGCAUCUCUUCUCAAAGAUACCAAUAAUUUCACUUUUCGAAAAGG